AUGACCGAAGUCAAUCGGGAACUCAAAGGCGAGACGACGGUGGGUUCUUGGGUUCUUUCGCCGAGGUCACCAGCCGUGCUAGGAUCAAUGACGGAUUCCGCCAAGUCGCCGAUUGAGAAGAAAGUCCGGCCCGGCCUCGCUCGUAGUCACCAGGAGGUCUGCUCAUCGGCGGGGUUGGAAGCGAAGAGGGAGACUUGCGGCGGCGACAUCGAUUUCCAUCGUCCGAACCCUAGGUCGCCCCCUGUGAUCCACGUUGUGCACCAAAGCCCAGUACCCUUGGGCCGCACUUCUGAUCGGGCCAUCAGUCCGAGUGGGUUAAUUGGUGCGGGGGUGUGGGCUUGA